GGCAGUCAGUGGGCAGUUAAAUUGCAGCUGGGCAAAGAGACGCCAAAAGGGGAAGAAAAGAAGGGGAAAAAGAAAGUUGUCCACCAUGAAUGUUCAGCAGUGGUUGUCACUCAGCAACAGAUGAUGGUAGCGAUCCAGCCCGACAGAAAAUAUUGGCAAACGGACUUGUGUGACUGCUGUAGCGACUGUGGAGUCUGUAUUUGUGGACUGUUCUGCUGCCCUUGUCUGGCGUGCCAAGUUGCUUCAGCUAUGAAUGAAUGUUGUUGCUGUGGUCCAACUGUGGCCAUGCGAGCUGUCUACAGGACAAAAUAUGAGAUCCCUGGAUCCAUCUGUAACGAUGCCUGCAUUGUGGGGUGUUGCCCUGUUUGUUCCCUCUGCCAAAUCAAGAGAGAUAUCAACAAAAGGAAAGCAAUGGGGGCAUUCUAGAAGACUUCGUCCCAAGCUCCUUUACAUUCGUCCUUUUUGACCUUAGAAUUCUGAGAAGUAUGAUGCAUUAAAGUAGUUUGCAGGAAUUAGCCAUUAUUUAGAGGCAUCCUUGCUUUAUAAUUCCAAGCAUAUUCUUAACCCAGAAAUUAGAUUUAAUGUUGAUUCAGAGCAUAAAACCCAGUCACACAAAAACCUGCUCUUGUGUGUCCUGCCUUUGCUUAUUCUUCCUAUUACUUUUAAAAUGGAAAACAAAACAUUUUGGUUGCUGCUGCUGUGAAACAAUUGAGAAUUUAAA